AAGUUCCCGUGAUGGAAUGGAAUGUUGUAUAGUGUUUUAUUUUGUAUUUAUUUAUUUAUUUAUUUAUUUAUUUAUUUAUUUAUUUAUUUAUCUUGAUGACACACAACAAAACUUACGAUAAAUAAUAGUAGUUGUUACUGAUCCGUCACACCGUGCAGUUAUGUGAUGAUUCUGAACAAUCCAUGCAAUACCGCGCGUAUAGCGCUUUCAGUUAUUUUUUAUUGUCAAGGUUGUGUAAUGCAUGUACUGCAGAAAAAAUUGAUUAAUUUUUUCUCCAAAGUUUGACUAAUGCACUGAUACAUUAUUACUGGUGUUGAAAAAACAAAACAAAACAGUAGAGACAGGCACAGCACGUCAGUACUGUACCUUUAAAUGCUGAGACGGGCAGAGGGCAAGAGGAUACGCAUUACUAUACCCAUGGGAUUGUUAUUUUUAGCAGCUGAAGGUCUGCAGUGUUAAGAAGGCUUAAACUUCACCGCAGAUGCUAAAGUAUUGGCAGAUGGGAGACCAAUUGCUGCCUUCGCCACUGGGUGGCACUGAUUGCUAUGUCGAAGUCCCAUUAAAAUACAACAGAGACAACAUGGAAGUGUGUUUCAGAACAGUAUGUUGCCUUAUUCCUGUGUUUUUCUACCCCAUUGUGAAGAAAUGGAGGACAAGAAGAAGAAGAGGAGCCCAAAGGUGUGUCUCGCCCAGCUGGCCCCCCCGGUGAACCCCCGCAAGCUCUCUGUGCCGGCCAGCAAGAGCACCACCUUCUCCCUGGGGCUGCCCCAGCCCCCCUCCCCUAAACCCAGGACCAGGUUCAAGAGGUCCCACAAAGAGAAGGAGCGAGCCCCCCAGCCCGCAGGCCCCAGCAAGGUGAACCAGUCCUCCCCCCUGCAACACUCCUUCCUGACGGACGUCUCCGAUGUGCGGGAGAUGGAGGGGGGGCUCCUCAGCCUGCUCAACGACUUCCACUCCGGCAAACUGCAGGCCUUCGGGAAGGUGUGCUCAUUCGAGCAGCUGGAGCAUGUGAGGGAGAUGCAGGAGAAGCUGGCCCGCCUGCACUUCAGCAUGGAUAGCCACGUGGAGGAGCUCUCUGAGGACCAGAAGAAAUCUGCCUCGGAUCACAACCUGGAGCACCUGCUGUGCAACCUGGAAGAACUCAGCAGCUCAAUACAGAAACUACACUUAGCAGAAAACCAAGAACUGGCCAAGCCUUCUGCAUCAUAAAGCUAAAAGAGGUCCUGAUGAAGCAGGUCCUGGACUGAGCCUCAAUGCAAAGCUGAUUCAGAGCCACGGAAACGCCGAGCGGUGUGUUCAGUACACUGAAGAAAAGUGACAAAUACGCUCUAGUCACGGCCCCACACAACACCCGCUCAGUUUUACACUAAUAGAUAUUUCCUUGGUAUCUGUUUGCUAUAUUCUUCCUUAGUUUAGCCUUCUGUACUAAAUUUAAAAAAAAGACCAGUUGGCAGCCCAGUUUGUUUACAUUCCCCUAAAUGUUGCUAUAGGCCAGAAUACCGUCGAGCCCUCUUGAAGUGUCGUGGGCUAGUCGACGAAACACUGAGGAUGGAAGGUGCCCACUUGAAAACCCCAGAGAUGUACCCUACUUAGCUCAAUCCAGACGGUUGUCAUGCUGAUGCGCUGGGGAGGCCGCACUUUGGUUGAUCCCCGGAGCCAGCAUCGCAGCCGUCGUGUGUGCUGAUGCGCCAGGGAGGCAAAAUAAGCUGAUCCCUGGAGCCAGCAUUACACUUCAGCCAUUAACACCAGACAGAAGGAUAUCUACAUCAUCAUAUGGAAGGAAGCACAAAUGGAUGGAGACACAUAUGGAUCACAUUAGUUUACUGUAAAGCUACGUCUUAGUUGGUGCUUAUCUUGGCGAGAGCCGAGUUCAAAUCAGCAUGCAGUUUUAACAUCUACUCUCGUGUAAUGGAAAUCAUAGGGGCGCAAGCACCCCCCCCCCCCCCCCCCCCCCCCCCCCCGAAAGCUGCUUACCACUGUGAGCCAAAGUAGGCAUGUCUGUGCAACUACAGGACGUGUUCUGCUCACGUACAGUGAGCUUUGACGACGUGCUUGUUUGGCUUGGAAUACCUUUAUUUUCCAGGUGCUAAGGGAUGUUAGAAGUGACUGCAUGUAACCUGAUAGGACUGGAAAUUUUCCAAUAAGUGCUUUAAACUAUUUUUGACCACAGGCCAAUUAAUGUAUGUGUUGUGAAUAUGUCUACGUGUACACUAUAUACAGACUGAAUAUGUAUUGAGACAUUAAGGCAUUUGAAACAUUUCCAGAAUUUCUUAAACAAUCUUUACUUAACUCUUUAUAAACAGGCUGGUUGGGUUCCACAGGUUUAGCAGAAGGAAGUUUAUAGGUUUGAUCCUGCAUCACAUAAGGGUAUUCAUUUGUAUUCCUUCGCUUCUUCCAGAGAAAGACUUGAAAUCUAUUUCACAAGCACAACUUCCCAGUCGUACAGUAGUUCAGAAAUACCACGUUUAUGAAGAUCAGAUUGCAGUGGAACUGUGUUAAACUAAAAUUAAUAAAUCUAUAAUUUGAUUUAACUGAGCUUUUAUUUGAAAAUGCACGGCAGAUUAUUGACAACUUAAGUGCCAGUCGUUAAGGGUUCAAUUGCAGUCUUUAGUUUUGCUAUCAAACUUUUAAGCCAUUGAUUUUAAUAUAAGCCGAUGCAUAGUUAGUGUCUGUUUACAGUGUCUUCAAAGUAAAAAAAAACAAAAAAAACUAUAAUGUUUUAUUAAUGCAAUAUGUAUUACUAAUAACAGUGAAUCCAACAAACAUACAGUAAUACAGGCAAAAACAUGAUCUGGGAUUCAAGCCAUACCACAUGUUAAAUGCAAAUGCUGUUGGAAUAGAAUUUUGUAUUGUUUUGCAAAACACUGAUCAAAGUUAACGUUGCAUAGCAUUAACUUUGUACGGCGCUCUGGGAUACCAUGGCGUGAAGGGCGCUACGUACAUAUAUACUGUGAAAUAAUGUAAAAAAAAAUUUGAUAUCUUGUAACAAUUGUAAGUUGCCCUGGAUAAGGGCGUCUGCUAAGAAAUAAAUAAUAAUAAUAAAAAUAAUAUAAAUAUGUAUUGUAUUGUAUUGUAUUGUUGAGUGUCGUGCUGUAGCAGAUGUUGGCGAGUCACAAAAGGGAUGAGGCGGUUGGUAUAGGAUUUAUAACACUGACUGAACAGGUGACAGCAAAACUGUGAAUUCCUUUCCAAUCCUGAACACUAAAUGACUUUGAACUGGACUAGAUGUUUAAACAUUACUGGACUGCUUCCUCGUAGCUGUAAGAACUGCAUGUAUGUAUGUACUGUAUGUCAUGAUAACAAACGUUGUACUAUUUUUUUUAAUAGAUUAAAGGGAUUUUGUAUUAUUUUAAUGCUUUUAAGAUAAAGUAAAAAUAAAAAACUGGACUGCACUGUUAA